GCUGUUUGCACUGCGCCGGUGAUGCAGACCAUUUCACCCACGUACCAGCGGUGGUUCUAGCAUCAUGGCCGACUUUGAUCUCUACGAGUCUCUUGAGACCAAGCACCAAUUUUGGGAAGAGCUCGACGAUGUCGUCACUACUCAAUACCAGUCCCACGACUUAAUCGACGAGACCCUUCGAUCGUGGCUCUAUCUUACUUCGAGGUUCAGAGACAAGUUCCCCGAAAACGAAGACGAUGUCGCCGCCUGCUGCGAGAAGCUAUUGCAAUGCAAGCUGUUCCAAGACAACAAGGACUACAUUCGCAACCAGAUCGUCUAUAGUCUUCUCCAGGAGGACGAACCCCCGUCGCUGCACGCCAUUGUACUAUUCCUUUUGCUCGACGGCCAUGCGGACGAGGCCUUAUACUCUCGUAUGAUCGAGGAGGCGUGCUUCCCUCGCCUCCUCGAGCUGAUUAAUGGCCGUAAAGAGCAGGAUCUGAGGUUGCAUCGCUUGCUUCUGGAGCUGAUGUACGAAAUGUCCCGGGUGGAAAGGUUGCGCACCGCCGACUUGCUCCAGGUCGACGAUGGCUUCGUUGCAUACCUCUUCCAGAUAAUCGAGGAGUUGUCCAACGACGUGCACGACCCAUACCACUAUCCAAUCAUCCGAGUGCUGUUGGUUCUCAACGAACAGUACAUGCUCGCAUCUACCGACGUCGCCUCCGAUCCGAACUCGCCUAACGCCCCUCUCACGAACAGGGUGAUCAAGUGCCUUAGUCUCCAUGGCGACUCGUUCCGUACAUUCGGAGAGAACAUUAUUUUACUUUUGAACCGCGAGACCGAGACGUCUCUGCAACUCUUGAUCCUGAAACUCCUUUAUCUAUUAUUUACAACAAAAGCCACAUACGAAUACUUCUACACAAAUGACCUCAAGGUUCUCCUUGACGUUAUCAUUAGGAACCUGAUGGACUUGCCGGACGAGAAGAUAUCGCUCCGUCACACAUACCUACGAGUCUUGUAUCCACUCCUGGCGCACACACAACUGAGCCACCCGCCGCACUACAAGCGUGAUGAGGUGCUCAAAGUCUUGAGGAUUCUGGGCGGUUACGGAAAUUCUCACUUUGCCCCUGCAGACGAAACGACGGUUCGUCUGGUCGACAGAGUCUCCAAAGUGAAAUGGCUUGUCGAUCAGGAGGCUUCUGGCAAGGCAGAGGUGGCUCGGAAGUUCCUGGGCAUCAGUCUCACACGUUCGGACACAGCGAGCAGCGUUAGUGUUGUCGAUGUCGCCGCCGUCAUGGAGAAGCCUGGUGUCAUCACCCCGAGUCGCAAGGCCGAGGCGGACGCGGAAGCCAAACAAGGAGAGGCCAAGGCCGGGGCAGGCGGUGUGCGGCCGAAGAAGCCGCUGCCCGAGGUACCGAAACACCGACAUGGCGUUCCGGUCGGACCGACGACGACGUUGCAUUUGAAUGAACAUAAGAAGAUACCACCAAAAGCACCGCCGCCGCGGCGGAAGACGAAGCUUCAACCUAUGGAGCCCGUGGCGGACAGUGCCCCUAUACCAGAGGCUUGAGAAAGAGAGAUGUGAGCUGGCCUGGUCCUGGCGGCCGGACCAAACGACGAAAUGAAUUGGGACAGGUGUUUGCUCGAUUUGACGACAUGGGCUGGAGUUUAACUUGGAAACCAGAGGAGGCAUAGCAAUCGCAACGUUAGGGAUGGCGUCGAGCGUUCGGGUUACGGUCAAAGCAUAUCAUGGCGUUUGGGUACCCGAGGACUGCUACACCCAGUCCAAAGACGAUAUUACCGCCUCCUAGCAGCUGCACAAUUUAUGCAUUUUGAGUGGAUGAGAUGAAUAUCGAAAUCAAGCAAGCGU